AUUUUAUUACAAACCGCCUAAAAGUCCCCGUUCCUCCGUCCACUUUAGUCGGCGGCCAUCCCUCCCCUGACCAGAUUCCUACAUUCAUAUAAGCUUCAUACAAAGGGACCUGCCAUGUCACUCUCUCUCUUACCCCCUCUUCCUUCUUCCUCUUCCAUCCAUCCCCAUGCGCACUUUAGCCCAUCUCUUCUUCCCAUGUCUAUUCUACGCUGCCUGGCCCUUCCCUUUCCCCGCCGCCUAAGCCUCCGACGCCAUCGCUUCGCUUCCAUCGCUGCUGCCGCCGUACGGCAGGAUACCACCGUCUGGACCCCUGCCCCGCUCUCCGAGGUUGAACCCGCCGCCGAGUCACUCUUUCACGUCACUGUCGAUUUGUCCGACUCGCCCGACCUGGCAACCUCUCACACUCGGGCUGGGCAGUACCUCCAGUUGCGAAUUCCUGACGUAUCCAAGCCUUCCUUCCUGGCUAUCGCAUCGCCUCCAAAGCUCGCUUCGGCGCGUGGCGUGUUCGAGUUCCUUGUGAAGAGCGUCCCGGGUUCUACCGCUGAGAUUCUAUGCGAGUUGAAGAAAGGGACUGUGGUGGAGCUGAGCCAGGUUAUGGGGAAUGGGUUCGAUACGAGUCGGAUAGAUCCGCCUGAGAAGUAUGCCACGGUUUUUAUUUUUGCGACUGGAUCCGGAAUUAGUCCAAUUCGAUCACUUAUUGAGUCUGGAUUUAGCGUUGCUAAGAGAUCCGAUGUGAGGCUCUUUUAUGGAGCUAGAAACCUUCAAAGAAUGGCUUAUCAGGAUAGAUUCAAAGAGUGGGAAUCUUCUGGUGUUAAGAUUGUGCCUGUCUUGUCACAGCCAGAUAGUACUUGGACUGGGGAAAGUGGCUAUGUGCAGGCUGCUUUUGCAAGAACCAAGGAAAUUACUGAUCCUUCGUCAAUUGGUGCUGUACUUUGUGGGCAGAAACAGAUGACUGAGGAAUAGGAUCCCAUUGAGUCUCGAAUGAGGAAGUUACAUCGAUUCUUGUUGCUGAUGGAGUCUCAAGUGAGAAGAUAUUGAAGAACUUCUGACAACUCGGUUGAAGUUUUUGCUUUUGUUGUAUCAUUGUCGUGUUAUAGUCGAUAAUUAUUUGUCCAUUGCCACUGCUGAGGAUCGUUGGCAUGGAAUGUACAAUAAAAUUAAUUUUGGGAAACAAAGUUCCCAUUAUUAGAAUUUGACGGCUUUCAGGUUUCAGCAACCAAAUAGGGGAUACAAAUUUUCUUGGUUUCACGUGGAAAUAUCGAUCUUGCUUCUAUCA